AUGUCUAAUUUAUCUGCACAAUUAUCUGCAUUCAAAAAUAAAAUAAAAAGUGGUCCAUCAGUGGCAGUUGCAAGAAAACCAAUAAUUAAUAAGCCAUCAUCCCCAUCCAAUGAAUCAAUAAAUAAAACACAUACAAAUGACUUAUCAAAUAAUAAUACAGUGAAACGAUCUGCCACUUUAACUGAUACAACUCCAGAAAGAAAAAGGCAAAGAUUACCAAGUAGUCAAGAAAUGAAUGGAGCUCAUUUAUCUACACAAUUACACCUAGCUGUUGAAUUUAUUAAAGAACAAGAUCAACCAGUUAGUAUAUAUAAAUUACAAGAUGCAUUGUCAAUAGAUGUUCAAAAAUCGUUAUUACCAUUAUUAAAAGAAAUAGAUAGAGUGAAAUUUAAUAGUACUAAUAAUACAUUCCAAUAUGUAUCACUACAUAAUAUUAAGAAUCCAGAUGACUUGUUGGAAUUUCUAAGAAAACAGACAACUUUCAGAGGUACAUCAGUAAAAGAAUUAAAAGAUGGAUGGGCAGGAUGUCUAAAUGCAAUAGAUGAAUUAGAAGAAGAAAAUAAAAUAUUAGUAUUAAGAAACAAAAAGGAAAAUGCACCAAGAUUAGUUUGGGCAAAUGCUGGUGGAUCAUUGGGGACAAUAACAGAUGAAUUUCAAAAACAAUGGAAUGAAACAAAAUUACCAGAACCAGAUGUUUUAUAUCAAUCAUUAAUUGAUCAAGGUUUAAAACCAACUGGUGCUGAUCCUUCAUUGAUUAAUAAGAAACCACAACAACAAGAAAAGAAACAAAAGAAAGCUAGAAGAGGUAAGAUUACUAAUACUCAUAUGAAGGGUAUAUUGAAAGAUUAUUCUCAAUUAAUGUGA